AUGGAGAACGGGGCCAAGGAGGCCACGCUGCGUAACAGAUCGAGCAGGGUGCCGAAACGGGGCAGAGCAGGGAUGUCAGCGAUGUCAGACUGGACGAAGAAGGCUGUAGAUUGCCGGAAAGAUGAAGUUCUCGCAUUGAAGCAGAUGGGAGAGUGGGCUGUCGUGAGCUGUCGGCUGUCGCAGUGGAACAGAAUUGGACGAGGAGGAUUCCAUUUGCAGUCGAGUUGCAGCCAAGACGCGCCUGCCGUCUGCCGGGUUGCGCCUGCCAUUCGUCAGCCCCUCCGAAAUCCAGACGCAGAUCGAGGAAGGUGCGUCUGGGUGCGUCUGGCAGCAGUCACGACUGUUGGCUUCCAACUCAAUUACUGCAUGGAAAUCAAUCGGCGCAGUGGCAGAAAAAAGACUCCCACCAUACAGUGUAUCCACGGCCACUCCAUCACAUCACCAAACGAUCAUCCAUCCGUCGGCUCCAGCUCCAGCUCCAGCUUCCGCAGGUGCCAUGCCUCCGCCAUCCUCGCCGUGUCGUCGACGACUAGUCGCGACGAUAGUCCAGGCACAGAUCUCAGCAAUCUCGUCGUCUCCAUGACUACCUCAACGGCGGUGCUCAAUCCAUCUCCACGUUGCUCACGAGACAGACGCGCUCGAGCCCGUUCUCGCCCGGUGCAGAGACGUCAACCCGCCCGUCACUUUGCCAUCACCGCGGUCACUCCCAUCAGUUGCCUCAAAGACAUCCAUCGCCGCAAGAUUGCAAAACAGAGAUCCUCUCCCGAGUGCCCUAUCCUCGCCACGGACCGCCGCUCAGAUACUCACUACAAAGACCACUUGGAGCCCGUGUUCAACUGUCGUACCAUCCUUCAUCUUCUCCAUACCCACACGCUUGGAUCGCACUCUCUGGCCAUCAUCAGUACUUGCGGAGGGCAAGAGUCACAGCCUGCUCAGAACGUCGCGGAGUGA